UAUGCAGCUUGAUUUCUGUUCAUACAGUGAAGACGAUGAAGAUUAUGGUGGCUAUGAAUAUAGCCUUACUGGACAGCUUUCAGAAGUUCGGAUAGUGUUUUUGAAUCGCUUUGUGCAGGAGGUUCUAAGCUACUUCAUGGGCCUUGUGCCCAGUGAUUCUGAAAGUUUUGUUAAGCUGGAAGAUCAUGCCACUAACUCAGAAAAGAAGGUCCCAACAAGAGAAAUUACAGGAUCACCUGCCCUAAAGUUGGAUCUGUCUCUAACUCGGCCUAUAAUUCUGAUGCCCAGGAGAACAGAUAGUGAUGACUACUUAAAAUUGGAUGCGCUUCACAUUACUGUUCAGAAUACAUUUAAGUGGCUUGGUGACGAUAAGAAUGAUAUAAAUGCAGUACAUGUAGAUAUUAUGACCAUCAAGGUAUGCUUAAGAUAA